GACCCGGUAGCGCUCCCCUCUCCACGCCCCGCUCCCUGCCGGCUGGCAGCCGCCCCGCGAGCUGGAGGCCGGGAUCUCCGAGCCGGGCCAGGGCCUGGCACCGCCUGCCGAGAGCGAGCAGCGCCCUGGGGGCUCUCGGCCGCAGCCGGUGGGCGAGGCAAUGGCAGCGGGCAACGCUGGGGACUGGGGCCGGCUGGAGUCCGCCCUGCGCAGCAGCCUCCGCCUCCUCAGGGACAGGUGGGCCCGGGGGCCGAGGCAGCGCGGCGGGCAGGCGGCGGCCGCAGAGCGGUCGAGCAGCCGCCUCGAGGAGGCCGGCGAAGAGGUUUGCGCCCUGCAGACGCUGCCGAUUGAUGUGCAGUUAUACAUUAUGUCAUUUCUCUCACCCCAAGACCUGUGCCAUUUGGGAAGCACAAAUCAGUACUGGAGUUUAGCUGUGCGGGAUCCAUUGUUAUGGCGAUAUUUUCUCUUGCGGGAUCUCCCUUCUUGGUCUUCUGUUGACUGGAAAUCACUUCCAGAUGUGGAAAUCUUUAAUAAAUCCUUUUCUGAGCUAAAUAAUAAUGCAUUGUAUGACUAUAUGACAAUAUACAAAAAGAGCUGUCCUCCGAGUAGACAUUUGAAAUCAAGCCGUCACACAUAUGGAGCUGUGACUUCCUUUUUACAAUCACUGGUCACGCAAGCAGAACCUCGCUUUGCCCUUUUUGGACCAGGUUUAGAAGAAUUGGAUGAAUCUUUGGUGCGAAGAAUGAUGACUUGCCCAGACAUUUUGCCUGUAGCUGGCUUACCUCAAAGACAAAUCCAUGGGAUUGGAUCAGGAGUCAGUUUUCAAUUUAAUAACCAUCAAAAUUUCAAUAUUCUGACAUUGUAUUCAACUACCAGCGUGGAAAGGAAGAGAGCAAGAACAGAGCAAACUGUUACAGUCAAUAAGAUGUUUUACCAAGAAAACAGCAUAGGAGGGAAUCAACAGGCAGUACACUACAGUGUAAUUGCUCAGGUUAAAAAGGUGUGCGAAGUAGUUGAUGGAUUCAUCUAUGUUGCUAAUGCGGAAGCUCAUAAAAAACACGACCGUCAAGAUGAAUUUGCUCAUAUUUUGGCAAUGAUAGAUCCAACUCUUGGGCCUCCAAACAGGCCUGUACUGAUUUUGUCCUGCACCUCUGAAGUUGGCAUUAAAAGAAUCCCUUGUGUUUACAUGGCACAUCAACUGCAAUUAAAUCUGCUAAGCCAACCAUGGAUGGUGCAAGAUUCUGUAGCUGCUACUUUAAGUGGACUGUUAAAUGGAAUUGAGUGGAUCCUGGGAGAGGUUGAAUGUAAAAAUGCACAAUGAUCAAACUUGCUUAGUCAUACUGUAUGGACUUUGUCAUUUGCAAAGAGUAUGAAGUGAACAUUUUGCCCUGAUGUUGUACUGACUGCUAAGAGAUUUAAAAGGCAGCCCUCCGUGAUUACAAAUAUUUUAAUAAUCAACAUUCUUCCAAAUGUAGACUUGAAUUAUAAAUGAAAGCAAGUUUGACUGGAUACCAACAUUUGACAAAGAAAUGGGUUUGAUUUUUUUUUUAAUUUGCGGUUUUUAUAAUGCUUUUCAUUCUCAGCAUAUUCUAUAACAUAAAACAUUCUGCAAACCUUGACCCCCAAUAAGUUUAAUGCCAGAAUAACCCUAUCACCUAGGUGUACCUCAUACCAGACUUGGAUUAGGAUGGUUUGGCGAAGAUGGAGUUCUGUCUUGUUCUCUCUUGGGACUGAGAGAGGCCAGACAGAAAUCCAUUUUCUCCAACCCAUCCUAAAUAUGUCAGAGGUAGAGGGCCACGUGUGUUUUCAUGGAACUAAGGGCUCUGGGAGAAAAGAGAAACUUGAGCCUGCAGCCCUGUGUGAGUAGCUCCGACAGCUGGCUGCAAGAGGGGCUACUAUGGGAUCAGAGUAGGAAGAUAGGCAGUUUUCAUGGAGCCAGUCAUCUCUGCUUUACCUCCACCUCCAUCCAUGGCACUUGGAUACUACAGUGGUGAGGAUCAUACAAGUACCUGUACAGAACAGUGUUAUAAUUCUGUAUUCCUAGGCGUAACAGCCCUCUACCUCUGACAUAUUUUGGGUGAACGUUCUAUCAAUAGUAUAAAAUUAAGCUAGUGUCUCUUAGUUUUACUAUUAAGAUCUCUGUGAGAAAUGAGGGCACUUAACAUUUGGGAGGCCUGGGUCCUCAAGCAGAACUGUCCAGAGUGAGGCCUAUGAAGAGAAAAUACAAACACGUUUAGAUGCCAGAGCAUGCACAGCAAGUGUUCCAGAAUAACUUCAUCAUUCCUUCUAUCAAAAUACAGAGUACUUUCCAAGUGGCCCUUACUCCCGUUAUCACUGAAUGGAAGAUUGAAUUGGUCUCACUCCUGCAAAAUAUCUAUUUCAAAACAUUCCAUUUGCAAAGUUCCUUUUUUUAAAAACUUUCCAGUGAUUGAUAUUUAGGCCGGGGGUAGAAAUAAAGGAAAUUCAAAAACAUUUCCUGUUUCUAUAUCCUCAGGUAGCCAAGGCGUCCUAACUGUUGUUGUAUCAGUGCUCAUAAGGGACAAUUUGGAGUUCUAAGAUUAACCCUGGGAGCACCAAUAUGCCUAUUCUAGCUUUUAUUUUUUAAUAGUGUGUAUGUGUGUAUAGUUCUCUUGUAAGAUACUCUAUAGAACAGAAGAGAUAAAACACAUAUAUAAUGCAAUCAAUAUUUUGGAUACAUAUACAUAAAUACCGUAAAUACAUAUGGCUCUCAAUACUUUGUAAUAUGGCUUCACGUGAACUGCUGGUUGUAAAAUAAUAAUAAUAAUAAUUAAAAAAUGCUACUAUAGUCUAAUAGCCACUCUGCUCUGUAGAGAGAGAAUGCAACUGUCUCUGGUGCCACUGCAGCUCCUACCGUUUCAUACAUUGGGAAGGAGGAUUCAUUUAUGCAAUGAUCGCUAUUGUAAUAGCACUCUCUUUUCUCCCUUCAAAAAUGUGUAAUAAAUUGUUUUUUAAAGAUG